AUGGGCACCCAGGAUGCGCAAGGUAAGGAUGGCAGGGAAGGUACAGAAGGGAGGGACAGGCAGGAUGGGUCAGCAACCCACAGGAGAGGAGAUUCCCUCGGCAGCGUCGACGAUUAUCACCUGCUAAGUGGGGAGGGAAUUGGUGAGAGCGAAUUAAAGGACAUGGAUAAGGAGCUGGAAAGGAUGGCAAACAUGGGGGAGCUGAAGGAAAUGACGUCCGAAGAGUUUAGGGAACUGAUGAGAGGCGACCUGGAUGGGGAAGACAAACUAGAUGCUGAUUUCAACCCCACGAGGAAUUCCCAACAGAAAAAGAAUCUGCCCAGGUUUUCCCAAAUGAGUUUUCUGAACGAAGAUUUUCAACUAAAGGAGGAUUCUCAUUUUACCGACUUGAAUGCAAAGUCGAGUCGGAGAAGGGACAGUCACUUGUCCCUGGGAAACAUGCGUAAUUCUUCCAUUUUUAAUUUAAGCGUAACGGAUGACAACGGGAAGAGGUGGUCCCAGAAUUACCACUCUGGUGGAAAUGAAAGAUUUCAUGCUUCCCUUUCGAGGACGGAUAAUGCUUAUGACAGCGAUCUGAUAACUCCGUCUCCGUCGAAGGUGGAGGGCCAAGGGGGGAGUUCGGAGGUGGACCCAAACAAGGGGGGCGCCACGAAAAGUGACACACGAAUGGGUGAAAAAAGUGACACACGAAUGGGUGAGAAAAGUGACACACGAAGUGGGAGACGUUCUAUUGACCUGCUGGACGAGGAGCUGAAAAAACUGAAGAGAGGCUUCCUACUGAACAGUGGGCAAAACAGUCACAUGAGUGAUAAGUCGAAUGAAGAAUUGCUAGACGGAGGAUACGCAAGCGAUUCUGAGUUUUUAAAAAGAACCUCACUAGACAAGAAAAUAAGUGUCGACCUGAACUUUGGAAAUGAUGAUUCAUUGAAUAACAGUAGGUUAUCCAAUGGGAGUUACUCCCUGUGGGAAAGUAGGAUCAGCUCCUCUAGGAAGAUGCGACUAAACAAUGAGACGCCAAAGAAAGGAAUCCUAAAACAGAGCAAUUCCAUUUCCCCGGUGAAGGAAUUACCCGAGAAUAUUAGUGCACGAAAGAAGUCGGUGCAGUUUUCCCAUAGAUCUAUUGCCGUUUUUGAUGACAAAGAAAAAGUAUCGCCUCUACAUCUAACUCAGUUUACCAGAAUUUCUAGCGAUUCUAAUAAUUCAGAAGUGAAACGGAAAGGUGCAUCUAACGAUUCUAGUUCGGAUAAGGAAAAGGUCGACAGGUUGAAUGAAAAUUUGGCUAGUAGCAUGGAUAAGUCUCCCAUCGAUGAGCUACUCUACAGGUAUGAUAGUCUUAACGGUGCAAAGAGAAACUCCAUAGACUACCCUACCGAUGGAAAUGCACCUAACGAAUUUAACAGGAGAACGUCCUCCGAAUCGGUGCGCUUUAAAACAAAGACCUCCGUCGAUAUGGUCCAGUCGGCUCGUCUAUCCCCCAUUAGAAAUAGACCUAAAGGGGGAAACAACAAAAAGAGUGACCACCUGGGUAAAGACAAGGAUAAUGAGGAGGAGGACGUUCUGCAUAAAUUGCUAACCACCGAUAUUGACAAUAUAAAGGAAGAGGACUUCCUAAAGUUUAGUCUCCUUAGCGACUCCAGGGAGGUUGGAAGCUAUGGACGGGUAGACAGCGGGGAGAUGUAUGAAAGAACCCCCAGCGAGCGUUCCAAGGGGGGAGAAUCACACAAGGGUGUAGAUGCAGAGGAGGGCGGGGCGCAGGUCCAUAUGGAGGAUGGAUCCAUCCGGCGAAAAGAAGGGCACAACAGCGAAGUGUUUUAUGAGUGCAAGGAUAGUAGCGUUUCGGGGGCCAAGCGGAGGGCAACCAAAUCGACCGGUGAAGAGGGGGCUAGGAGCAGCUACAGGGUGAAGGAAGAGGAGGAUGACGAACUGGUCGAUGCGAAAAAAUCUACCAGUGCAGAAGCGCAGUGUAAGGAGGAGGACCCUCAGGUGGGCACUGCUGGUAGGAAGUCCACCCUGAAGAGGCUUCCCACCGAGGAAGAAGUGCCCCCCAGGGAGAGCGUCACCAUACAGUAUAGGGUAUCCACGCAUAGGGGGAGCGAACACACGAGGGGGGUUCGUACAGAGGACAAGGAAAAAGACAACGCAGGUGAAAGAGCAAAUGCAAAGGAUGGUGAUGCUGCAGGUGGAGGUCACUUGGAAGGGGAACGGCAACCAAGCGGACAGUCGAAUAGACAAUCGAUCAGCCAAUCGAACGGGGGGGAUGAACCCAUUUUGAGGCGAUUCGCUGAAGGUAGGAAUGGUACAGAGCGGGAAACGAUAAACAUGGGGGCAGCCCCCACGGAGGUGAACAACCAGGAGGCACAUCAGAACAGGUUUAAGGUAUCCAAAGCGAACAGGAGAGCUAGCUACAGCGUGAGUAUGCAUUCCAAGGAUGAAGAGGCGCAGGCAAGAUUCAGAGAGAGGAAGAGUUUAAACGAUAGGGGACAAACGGUUGGGAAAAGUAUGCAGGUGGAGAGGCUUUCUGGGAAACCCCAAGUGUAUACCUCCAGUAGGAUGAGCGUUAGGGUGAAUGAUCAAAUGGGGAAGGAGGAGGGGAAACAUUGCCGGUUGAGGGAGCUGCCGGAGGAAGGUGCAGAAGAGAAUGCAGUGGAAGAUGCGAAUGAAGUGGGAGAGGAGGACAGCAUGGAUCAGUUGAACCAAAUGGACGAUGCUGAUCGAGUGAACCCCGCAGAGGAAGAGGAGGACACAUACGGUGAACAUUACGCAGGGGAUGAGGGUCAUUUGGAGGUGGAGUGGGCGGAUGCUGGGCAAUUGAAGGCCAGAGGGAGAUACACUACGCAUAUUGGUGGACAGGUAACCUUCGGGGGAGGGUCCAUUGAUGAGAUGCACGAAUUGGGAAAGCACGCACGGGCCAAUUCGGACGAGGGGAAUUAUAAGAAGUACAUCUAUGAUGAGCAGGACGUGGGGGAACAGGACGUAGGUGAGCACAACGUGGAUGAUCAGGACGUAGGAGAGGGGUUCUUCGUGGAGGACGAUUUGGACCUCGCAACGGAAGAGGAGGCCUUUUGCAGCGUCGACAUGGAACCCUACAAGGAGGACGAGGCGAUAAACGAGGAGGAGAUCGAACAGACAGAACAGACGGAACAGACGGAACAGACGAAUAUGCAGGAACAGUCCCUCCGCAGAUGGACGGAACAGAAGCAGGAACUGAAAAAAAAACUGAGCGAAAAUUUAAUGAAAAAACAGGAAAUGAUAAAACAGAUGACGCUGGCAAUUGUGAGGAGGUGUAGGAUAUACUCCCUGAAGGAGCUAAAGAGUAACAAAAGGAAUUUACCCAACCUAAUGCAGUUGUACGAACAUAUAAGGGACAUGAUGUUUUCGUUUGUUGGAAAGAUUAACCAUCUGAACAAUGUGAGCGUAAAGUUAGACGAUGCGAUUCUAAAGUAUGAGGUAAUACAACUCAGAUGCAGUAGAACAAAGAAAGCAAUAGAGACGCUAAAAAAGUAUAACGGAAAAAUGGAAAAAAAAUUAAAAGAGAAAAAAAAUUUACUAACAAAGCAGGAUAAUGUGUUGGGUAAAAAAAUGAAAAAAAUAGAAGAGAUGACCAAACAGCUAGCAAAGCUGAAAAGUACAUAUAAUGAAGGCGCUUCAAGGAAGGAGGAGAUACGCCUAAUUGGUUUGUAUAGGAAAAAAAUGGAGGAGCUGAAAAGUGUCGAAAUGGUAAAAGGGGUGAGCAUAAACAAUUUUAAUAAGUACGGGCUAAAUUUUGAGUUGCUGAAUUCGAAUUAUUUUAAUUUUUCCACGUUGUAUGACUAUCGGGGGGUGGAUGGGCUUUUCUUCAACGGGGGAGAAGCGGCAACCACACAGGGGGAACACCUUAAAAAUGGAACCAACCAACAGUUGUAUGAUAUAAGAGAUCUGUACGAACGAGAGUGCAAGUUGAAAAACAGUUAUAGAAAGAGGAAGGCGAAGAGGAACGCAACAAUCCUGAACAGCCAAGUUUCGGAAGAAGACAUGAAUUCUGCAUGGCCCUAUAACAUAACGGUCGAUAUAAUCUUUUGCAAUAUGAGCAAUGGAACGGUGCAGAGGGAGACAGACAAUUAUGUGGUUUCCUCCCCCGUGAAAAUAAAAAACAUGAAACACCUCAUUGCUAAUAAGAUGCACCUCUUGGGGGGGACAACGCGGGAGUGGGCACAUUGGGAGGUACCACUGCGGAGGCGAGUAGGAAAUAUAUGA